GGCGAGUUGCUCGCACGUUCGUCGCUCGCGGAUCGCGCCGCUCGAGUCGUUCGAUCGCGGAACCUCUUGUUUUGUUGCCGAUUUAUUUGUGUUGCUGAUUGUUUUUGUUUUGUGCGUUGGACCGGAUAUGUUUGUGAUAGAAUAUAUCUGCAGUGGCCGGACGUAUUGACGUGUUCAGUUUGUUUUAAUUUGGUUUGCGUUUUUUCCGUUUGUUUUGGUCGCCGCUGCUCGUCUCUGAUGUCUCUGAAGGCGAGAGGAACAAUGGUAACGCAUGUGAAGAAACAUGUCAUCUAAAAGAAAGUCGCCACCGUCGAAAUUGCAAGAAGGAGCCGCCGACAACGAGAAAGCCGAAGCCGGUCCUGCCAACCUGGAGUUCGCUGACCACCACGAGUCAGACUCCGAGCAGCACUACUACAAGUUCUCGCCGAGCUCCUCAACCCGAAGCUCUAUCAGCGAAGACGAUCAUUGCGACGACGAAAGACCCUCGAAGAAGCAACGGUUCGAGCAAACGUCAGACAUGACAAACAACCUUCUAGUCCCAUCGUCCUUCCUCACGCUGCACCAGAACGAUCUCCAGGCGAGAAGACGUGGAUCGUCGGAAUGCAGCAGCCCAGGCGCUGAGGCUAAGGUGUUGGGGCUCUGUAAUAAUAACAACUCAUUGUUGAACCACAACAGCGCUUUGUCGCUGGCGCCGCCGCACAAGCGGUCGAUGGACGACGUCCUCAAGAGAUUAACUUCGAAGAUGAAUAACAGUACGAUUAAGGAGGAGAAGAGGCCGACUCCCUCGACGACGCCGGUGAAGCAAAACAAUGACGGCAGAGGAGUCCUCGAUGCAGCGGCCCUGCGCGCGCUGGCGGGAGAGAGCGUGUUGGAGAAAGAGAGGCAGGUCUCCGAGCUGAUACUGCAGUUGCAGAUGGUCAGGGAGCAGCUGUUAGCGCAGCAAGAGCAUCCGAAGAGUAUAAGCAACGUGUCAGCCGAGCUGGAGCUGCAGCGACUGCAGCAGGAGCAGCUGCGGCGUCAGGAGUUGGUGCGGCGCGGACAGCACGGGAUGUACCCUGGCCCUCCGCUGGCAUUACUGCCACUGCUGGAGCAGAUGAGACCACAGCCGCAAGCGCCGCCUAAUGUGGUCCCCACACCGCCCUGGCCUGCGACGGCGCAACUCGCGCAGCUCACGGCGGGCGCGCGUUCACCUCCACCCCCCGACCCGGACGCGCCGCUCAACCUGAGCAAGCAGCGCUCCCCUUCGCCAGCGCAGCCGAUGAUGCUGCCCCGGUUCGUCCCCUACCCACCCAUGGAGGAAAAGUCUCCUUACAUGCCUAAAGAAGAAGAGUAUAGCGCUUGUAACACAUCUUCAUGGGCCCAAUCGCCGCAGGAAGAAGUGGAAAAGGCAAAGCUGGUGCGUCAGCCGAGACGCGAUGAGACCGGCAAGCCCCACAUCAAGAGACCCAUGAACGCCUUCAUGGUGUGGGCCAAGGACGAGCGCAGGAAGAUCCUGAAAGCCUGCCCUGAUAUGCACAACUCUAACAUAUCCAAGAUCCUCGGGGCGAGAUGGAAGGCCAUGUCGAAUGCGGAGAAACAGCCGUAUUACGAGGAACAGUCAAGACUUUCGAAACUACAUAUGGAGAAACAUCCUGACUAUAGGUACAGACCAAGGCCGAAGCGGACAUGCAUAGUCGAUGGGAAGAAAAUGCGAAUAUCCGAAUACAAGAACUUGAUGCGAACGCGUCGACAGGAGAUGCGUCAGCUGUGGUGCCGGGACGGGGGGAGCGAGCUGGGCUUCCUCCCCUCCCUCUCGUCUCCAGGACCUUCGAACUCGUCCCCACCCCCCAACGGAGGCAGCUACAUGAACCCCUCGUUUUCUCCGCCGCUGUCCCCCAGAGAGGAUGAUUGAGGAACGGCGCGCGGCUGGCCAUACCCGCACGCCGCGCCUCUCUCGCUCCCGCCGUCGCACCACCCCUGGUAAUUCUAUUCUAGAAUGGCGCACCGAUAUGUGAAAACGAUCAAUAAUGGUCUCCAAAUUAGUGACAAAAUUAUAUUUAUAAUUUAAACUUUGAUUUUGGCUUGAGUCAAUGUUUUUAAACGGACACGAAGUUAAAUAAUCAUCAAGUAACAGACAUCCAAAUGUGUUACUUGAUAUCGAUGAAACUGUUGCGUGAAAACUUGCGUCUUUUCGAAAUGUAGGGGUUACGUGUGUCUCUUUCUAUGUACAUACGAGUGAGGGAGACAAAAUUAUUAUUUCUCGAGGAAGGUUGUCUGCCAGUGUCUCAAAUUGGAUCUCUCAUUUAAAAAUAUGUGUAAUUAUAAUGAGGUUAUUCCAUUAGUGAAUUAAGAAAAACUGUAAUCGUGGACAUGUUUAGAUGAAUGGCUUUUUAUACAGGAAACAGUCGGCUUCAUGAUUUAUUUUGUUUAAUUCUUUCCUUAUGAAUAUAAUUUUGGCUGUACGGUCUAAUAUUUUUGCCUUGCCACUCAAAGAUACCUAUAAUGAUAAAUAUGUAUUUAUAAAUUAUAUCGAUACAGUAAACUGCCGACUUAGAAUUAAUAGUUAUUUUAAAUAUACGGAUUUUCUCUCUAAUAAAUUUGUAAUAUCGCGGGACUAGGUAUCCAUAAACGAUAAAGUUGUAGAAUCAGGCAUUAUAUUGUCAAUAGGUCAGACAUGUAAGAAAUAUGUAGAAAAUUAGGCAAAAAUGUAAAUAUACCACGUUUCUUCUACUUAACUGGAUGUAACCUAUGACAACAUUACGAUGUAUUUUGUGUAAAUAAGUGAACAUUGUAGAUAUUUCAUUAUUUUAUAGCGUUUGGCUAAAUGUUAUAGUUUAAGGUUCAAAUAUUAGCGUGUAUUGUUAGGUUUAGACGAAAGGAUCUUGACUUUUAAGUGGCCAUGUAUAAAAUUAGGUACGUUAUUUAGAUGCUCCUAGUUUUAAGCGAUUAAAAUGUGUCAAACCAAAAAUGAAGCGGAAUGCUUGAAAAUUUAUGUGUUUUGAACACGCGGCGAACUGGUUAUGUUGGUAUACAGUGAGAUUUAAAGCAUAAUGAUCUAAUACUCAUAUUGGUACUAUAACUAGCUCAGUGGGUAGUUGUAGCCAGUGGAAAUAUUUUAACUAUAUUUAAAGACAGCAUUUUAUUUUUGGAAAUAAUGAUUCGAAUAAGUGUUUUUUUGUUUCGAAUGAUUAGACUUAGAUUGUCUACCAAAAUACUUGUAAAAAUUAUUAUUGCUUACCUACUCUUACAUAAUGGUCAUAGAAGCUAAUAAUAUAGUGAAUAUUGGUCGUACUGAAGCUAUGACUUUACGCUAAGUAGGGGGUCAAUUUUUAAGCCCAGUGUAAAUUUUUCGUGUUUGAAUUUGAAAAUGUGCCCAUUAUGUUGUGGGCCUUAUUUGCCGCCAUUUUGUGCCAGCUGACUAAAAACGUGUCAUAUUUUUGUAUUUAAUAAUUGUAUGUCUGAUUUUCUAUAAGAAGCAACCGAUCAAUGGGGAGAAUAUUGGUCGAUAUUAUUUAUUUAGUGUCGUAGAUGUUCAGUAAAAUCAUCUAAAUACGAUACUUUUUGUUUUCAUUUUUAAUUCAAACAAAAUUAAACCAUAUCUCCGCCAAUGGCGAUUUAAAAUUCCCUAAACUGUAAAAAACAAUAUUUCGCUUUAUCGAAUCGUGCAAUUUAUAUUAAGUAGAAAAUAGAAAUUAAACUUGUAGCUACACGUAAUCUACAAUUUAUAUAAAGUAAUAAUUGUUAGACUUGUAAAGAUAAGAUUUUCGUAAAAAAUCGCACAUUUCGCGACACUGAAUGCCAUGUCAUUUUGUUAUUUAUUUUUUUAAUGGUAACAUUUUGUUUUGUUUUCUCUCUAGCUGUACUCCUUGUAAGUAAAAUGCCAGUAAUCGAGAAUUAGUUAAUCGAAUAAAAGUGUAUGUGAAUUAAUGUUUAUAGUUAUACGUAGUGUGUAUUUAAGGGUCUAGAUGACGUUACAUUAUUUAUUUUUAUGUUGGAACAAUGUAAAUACAAUAUAGAUUGAUGGACGUUAGUUUGUGGUUAUUUAAUGAUCGAUACUUAAUAUGUCUACGUUAAGAUCUCGAUCGAUUUUUGAUUUUAUAAAUCUUUUAAUUUAUUACAAAAAAAUAUUUGAUUACUUCUUGCCAUACGAACUUGUUUACGAACUGUACUUAAAUUGUUAUUUUGUUUUGCUUUAGUUCUGAUGCGUCACAAAAUUGUUUAACUGAAAGUACAAUUUAUUUGCGAUGUUUUACUCUGUAUGAGUUGAUGCCCGAACAUAGCUUUCGAAAACAUUUCAAAUGUGUAAGUAGGUAGAACUUAGGUUUUAAUACCUAGCAUAUAUCCAGGACACAUUGUUUAAAAAUUGUGCCAAAACCCAAAAGUAUAUUAAAAAAUAAAAUAUUAA